UCUUGAGGACGAGGAAGAUGUUUUGCGUUGCUCCUGAAAAGUUUGGCUCGAGCUCUAACUGCGACAUGAGCUGACUUUCAUUUGGAACCCAAGAAGCUCCCUCAUUGCAGGGACACUCUAGAUCUGUUUCCAGUUCAAGUUUGACCUGUCCAACUGUGUCCUCCAGUCCCCUUCACCACUUUGUCAGUGCAUCAUUUUGAGCUGUAGCAGGCAGGGAAAGCCAUGUCACAAUCUUCUAAGAACCCCUAUGUCUGGUUGAACCCAAACAGAGAACCUUAUUGUCAGCCCACGAGCCAGUCCCAUCAGCUGUUGGGACCUGGUUCCAAUCACGGUCGUUCUAUGGGACUGUCAGUGACUUUUGGUGUUUCUGGAGGAUUGAUUCAGUCGAGGGAGCCUCGUAUAACGUGCCCUCAAGAGCAACUUCACUGUGUCAAUUUAUCGAACAUAGGGAGCCAAAUAGAAAAGGAUGACAAAAGUUCUUUGGAAGGUCUGAUAGCACUUACUCGUAAAGACGUUGUUGAUGAUGGACUAGAGGGUAAAUGGGUUGGCCUGGGUGAGGCCCACCAGACUGAAGUUAAGAUAAAACUUGAAGAAGAAGCGCAAACUAUAAUGGACGCUGUUGAAAGCGCUCACGAUCCUGAGCUGCGCAUUAAGGUGGAGAAAACAGAAGAUGCGGAAGAGGUUGUGUCGUCUUUCUGUGAGUGGACUGUAGAUUCUAAAUCUUCUCUGAGUGGUCUUCGAGAAGACAAAAGUCUGUUGGGGCCGGAGCAGAUCACCCAAAAAGUUUUCAGCUCAAGUUCAAAUAUUCCAGUGCAGAUAUCCAUUAGAUCAGAAGCUGCAACACAUUCAAGAGAAUAUCCUGGCCACACUGCCAGACCUCAAGUACCUUUGGCAGCAUCUCACAGCAUGAUGCGGCCAACCUGGUUUCCAGCACCGAGACGAUUUCCUCGACUUCCCCCCCCUUUCCCAAAACCAAGACACUUUCGUGCCUGGCAUCAACAAUCUGCUCCCUGGGCCUUUGUGCGUCCAGUAAAUCGGUACACCACUUUUCCUGUGGUGAGAACGGCCUCAAACAUUGAAAGACCAAAACUGAAACAGACGGCAGAGUGUAAGACAACUGAGAAUAAGACAACACAGAAUAACACAAUGGUGAGUGAGGCAACAGAGAAGAUCUUGAUGGAGAAGAAGAAGACAGAGGAGAACAUGACCAAGAAGAAGAAGAAGAAGAAGAAGAAGAUGGAGAACACAGAAGAGGCAGUCUCAUCAGAAUUGCAGACUGUAUGGCAGAUGACCAAGAUAAAGCAGUUUGGACAAAAACUUGGUCCCCUGUGUCUAAAAAGGAAGAAGACAAAGACCCUGAAUCAUUUUCUUAAACUUGGUGUGAGCAAUCUUCUCAUUGACCAACUUCCUCGAUGUAAACCGGACGAUGAACUCAUGAGUUACUUGCACAGUACGCUUCAGGCAUACUUGCCACCAGAAUGGCUCCUUGAGUUCUAUUACAUCAUGGAAGUUGGCGUGGUAAGUGCCCAAGUGACAGUCUCUGACAGAUUGCUACAGGUUUAUUUUCCCUUUGCUGCCUUUCAGGCCAUUGUGGCUUUGCCACCUGGGAAGUUUGCUCGUGACAUUCUGCAGUGUUCUGACAUGAAAGCUUAUCAAGGAAAGACCUUUCCCAUGAGAGUCUUGAAAGAAAACCUCGGAAGUUCACCGCUGAUGUUUUUCAGAGGGAUGAUGGAGAUCAUUGACAAGGCUGCAGCAAUCAAUGGCGGAAAAACGGUCUUCUUUAAAACCAUUACAGAAGAGGAAGUCGCUGAACUCAAAAACACCUUCAGGAACAGACAGGCUGUCCAAUACUUCAUGCCACUCCAUGGCAAGCUUUUCAUAGAGUUUUCAACACUUGAGGAUGCAGAUCAGUUUGGGUUACAACUGAGCCAGAGAAAUCUGCAAGUGGGAAAAGCAAUCUACAGACUUGGAUUUACAAGCUGUGGUGUGAUGGAGUGCAGCGAUUCACCAUUUUGGGUCACAAUUCCCAUGCACCCUUUCCUGUUCCCCACUGUGACGUCUUCUUUUGUUAUACCAGAGCAUAAGACAGUCAGAAGCAUGGCUGAUAUUGAGGCUGUGGUUUCCAGGGGUGAUUGUGGCAAAUUCAGGACUGUCAUGUUCACCAAUCUGCCACAAGAAUGUAACGCCCACUGUGCCAUUAAAAAGGUGGUUCAGUUCCAUCUUACAAAGGUGACACCUCAGUUUGACAACUACUGCAUCAUCGUUCUUCCACUACAGAGACGGGCCUUUGUUCACUUUGAGGAUUGGGAGUCCUGCUCCAGCUGUCUCAGGGACUUCAUUCAAAAUCCAAAAUUUUGCCUUCACCUUGUGACACAGUCCAUGUGUCCACAGUUUGAUGAGGACACAAUGUACCAGUCUCUGAUGGCGCUCAGCAACACUCCCGUUCAUGACCCUCACUCUCUGUCUGAGCGUUUGCUUGUGGUGAGCGUCGAUGUUGAUAUUGUCUUCAAGGAAAAAGACAUCCAUGAAGUGGUGGAUAAAGUGACAUCAGUGAGGCCCUUUGCCAGCUUCUUACCGCUUGGCAACCGGAUAUGCAUUGAGAUGGUGAACUCUGAUGACGCCAUUCAACUUGUUGAAAAUUACCGGACAAUGUCUUUCCCACCAAAAUAUGCAAUGUGGCCGAUUACCAACUUUGAAAGCUGUCAGGACAUGGCAAAACGAAUGAAAGGGCUCCGGAGUGAAGCUCAUGAAGUGGAACCUGCUCGCGCUGAUGUUAUGGCUCCUGUGAACACACCAGCAGGAGCUGCAGAGUCUCCCAUCCUUGAAGUACAAGAGUUGGAGUUAGACAUUGAUGUAAAUUCACAGGGAGAGGAGGUGGAGUAUCAGAUGAUUGAUUCAGUGGCUGGCGAGACAUCUGUUACAACAAUGAGGCAAAGUAGCAGUAACUGGGACUCAAAUGCUUCAAGCAUCUCUGCUCCUGAUACCAAAGAGGAGUCAGUAAAUGUAGAACAUAAGGAGCUACUUCUGUUGAUAGAUGAGGGGGACAAGGACCCAGCCCACGACGGCGGCAUUGAAAUCUCAGGAAGUGCUCGGACUCGUGUCAUGAAAAGAAGCCCUGUGUUGUUCGAAAAGCGAAAAUCUGAGAUGGCUGGACCUCAAGCAAAGAGGUCUUGUCCUCCACCUCCUUGUGACACUGCAGCCUUCAGACUUCCUGCAUUUACACCAAACAACCCACUUGGUCAAGAGUUCAUCCACCUCCGGUCAGGUUUCUCUUGCAGUCUUUGCUCUGUGUUUGUCCUGAGCAAAAGCACAGUGGAGGAACACUGCUGCAGCCAGAUGCAUCAUGCUAAUCUCAAGAAUUACUACCUGAAGCUCCAACACAUGAAUGAAGAAGAGGACCGUCUCGCUUGUCCAUCCACCCGCUGAUGGCCUUUAUUUCUGAGGGAUGUCUAACUGCGGUGCAGUCUUCUCACACAGUGCAACACAUUUGUCUUUGUUAUUGAAUCUGCUCUACAACGUCAGCCACUCUUUCUCAAGUCACAGCUGUUUUCGUUAUGAACUUAUGCGGUCCAGUACUGCAUUAGAAUUGUGUUCAGCCAUGUUGAUUAUUGAAUUUAUUUUUGCCGAACAGUGGUAAAUAGCUGUACUGUUCUCCUCAAAACCCUGUUGUUGUGUUACUUCACCUUGGUUUUAUUUCAAGAAUUUUGAGGCUGUUGUUUUUCAGACUGUUCAUUAGUGUGUUGCUUCUGUAAGGUUGGCUGAAUAUAUUCUUUCUCUCCCCAAAAUGUCAAAAUAAAAAUGAUAAUGUGUCCUGCUUUCCUGUCAAAACAGUUCAGAAAUUGACUUUCAAUGAAGCUUAGUUUUUUCAAGGUUCUGUGUUUGAUUGUGUUGUUUAGUACUAUUUGAACCAAGAACCUUUUUAAAGGUUAAAGAACCUUGUUCUGCACCGUGGAAGACAAGCAGUCAGUUCGUCGAAUGGGCUUGGUUCUUCCAUAUGAGCCAUUCCCUGAAACUGGCCUAAAGAGACAAUUGUGAUAUGUAGGCAGUUGUUUGUUUUGACACAGUGGACGUCAGUGAGCUGCAAGAUGAGAAGCUUCACAACACUCACUGUUUUAUCCUGCAAGACUUUUAACCAGACUUUUUUUUAUGUUCACUUUGGGGGUUAUUUCCAACAAAACUUUGUAAGUCAUCUUUAUUAGCUGGAGUCACAUAUCUGAUAAGUAUCUGAAGUUAAGUUAGCACUAUAUUAACAACAGUCAAAUGGCAAGAACCUUUUUAAAUGAUGUUACUGAGUUACUAUGUUUUUGACUCAAUGUUAUUGAUAAAAUUUUCAGGAAAUUUGUGAAAUGGAAACAAAUUUUGGUUGUGAUCUGGAUCAUUAAUUUUUUAUGUUAAACAUUCCUCAACAUUGGGGGAUAGGGCCACUGCUGGCACUUGUGCCAGAAUAGUGUUUAAAUUAAUGUUGGGGUGGCUUGAAUCAGAAUCAAAUGUAUUGCCAUGGUCAGUGGGGAUCCCA